GGAGCCUCUUUCAGCGCUACUUGGCGCUAGGCUCAGGGCGGAGAGCUGCGGGAAGGCUGGCUGUGCCUACGUGGCUCCGCUGAGGGUCCCCAUCUCCUAGCGGCCGGGGGUGCAGUGGGUCCCCCCGAGCUGGGGACGCCGACUUUGGGGGCGCAGGUGCCCUUCCACGCUCCGGGAGCCUCUUUCUCGAUCUGCCUCCUCGGCGCCAUGUCAGGCCAGGAGCCGGAGCAGUCCCAGGCCCUCACCAAGCCGGCCUUCAGCGAGCUCCAAGCCUCCGCGUUGGUGGAGUCAGUGUUCGGCUUCAAGGUGGCCAAGAUCCAGCCUCUGCCCAGCUACGAUGACCAGAACUUCCACGUGCACGUUCCCAGUGGCGGCUCCCGUGAGUACGUGCUCAAAGUGAACAACACGGAGUCCAGCAGGAACGCAGACCUGAUAGAGGUGCAGAGCCGCGUCAUGAUGUUCCUGCAGGCGGAGGGCUUUCCCACAGCCACUGUGCACCCCACCAAAGGAGGCAGCCUGACCUCUCUGAUGUCCAUCGACAGCGGCUCCGAGACCAAAAGUUACCUGCUGAGGCUGUUUACGUACCUGCCAGGAAGACCCAUAGCCCAGGUUCCCGUCACUCCGAAGCUCUUAUAUGAGGUUGGCAAACUGGCAGCGCAGAUGGACAGAAGUCUGGAGAAAUUCCGCCAUCCAAAGAUAGGCAGCCUGCAUCGGGGGGACUUCAUCUGGAACCUGAGAAAUGUUCCUCUUCUAGAAAAAUAUAUUCAUGCCUUGGGCCCAAGCAAAAACCGAGAGAUGGUGGAGCAGGUGCUCCAACGCUUCAAGGAUGAGAUCGUGACAAAGUUGAGCCAUUUUCGAGAAUGCAUAAAUCACGGAGACCUAAAUGGCUACAACAUCUUGGUGGAGGCCAGCGGUGAGGCUUCUGGAGACCCAGCGUAUCGUGUGUCUGGCAUCCUGGACUUUGAGGACAUGAGCCACGGCUACUACGUGUUCGAGGUAGCCAUCACCAUCAUGUAUAUGAUGAUGGAGAGCAAGGACUCCCUGGCUGCGGGGGGCCAUGUUCUGGCCGGCUUCGAGAGCGUCAUCCCGCUGACAGCCGAAGAGAGGGGGGCCCUUUUCUUACUGGUGAGCAGCCGGUUUUCUCAGUCACUUGUGAUGUCUGCCUACACGUGCCAGCUCUACCCCGAGAACAAGGACUACCUCAUGAUCACUGCCAAAACGGGCUGGAGACACCUGCAGAACCUGCUCGAAACGGGUCAGAAGGCCGUGGAGGACAUCUGGUUUGAGACCGCCAAGUCCUACAGAGCCGGAGCGCUGUAGAGACACCACCAGCACAGAUGGGGCGCAGCCGGUUGGAUGGGACGACUGCAGAAAGCCUCCACAGGCGCCUUCUCAGACCACUUGGGAGCCUUCCCUGCGACUAGUCCCACAAGGAGAGCUCCCGUUUCUACGGGGUAAACAGGCUGAGCCUGACUUCAUGUUUCCCACUAGGAGACAUGAACUAAUUGAAGUGAUUAAUUUUUAUCUUAAUAAUACUGCUACUGAGCACUUACCUAUGGAAUUCUCACAUAAUCCAAUUCUCAUGAGACUGACGAGGAUGAAGAGAAGGGAACUCAGUCUCUGGCAGUAGCAUCUUCUUAAAACACUACUUUGAUCAUAGAUUCCCCCAUUCAAAAAUCUCCAUUAGCUCUCCAUUACCCAUAGAUAAAAUCCUGAUGGUCCAAGCCCUUCCUAGCUGGACUUCUGAUAGCUCCUUCAUGUUCUCCAUUUCUGCCUUCAGGAACCAUCCACUUAAUCUUGUCAACACCUUUCUUCAAAGGAUCCUUCACUGAGACAUAUGAGAAGACCCUUCAUUUUUAUCUGAAAAUAUCACAGAUAUCACAGAGGUGGGGUGCCAGUGAUGGGAACAAUAGUGUUCUCUGGGUGUGGAAUGUUGAAUAGAAAAUUCAUUUUUUUCAAUAUGUUAAUGAAUUUUGAUGAAUUUUUCUUCCUUUUUAAAAAAUCUUUGUCAUCAUUAAUUUCUUUAUAAAUCCCAAAGCACUAAAUAAAUCCUAUCUGUAUUAAUACUAAAAAAAUAAAUAAAUAAAGCCACUCCAAGACUUAGGACUUAAGAGUCUCUGUGUUUGAAAAGAAAGUUCCAGCAACUGCCCUGUCCACUGGAAAAGACCAUGAUGUUGUUAGAGACUGCUACUAUUAAGUGUUCCAUGUUUGGCUUUAUACUUCAGAAAUCCACAAAUGCUCCAAAUCAGGGCUUGUAUUCUAUUAUUUGACCUUAAGAAAGUAAUGGCGAAAAUGUUAACAAUGCUUAUUAAACUUAAACGUAUA